GAGUUUCCUCACAGCAUGGCCCCCAAACGCCAGUCUUCACUCCUGCCUCAAACGAAGAAACCGAGACUACCUCCUGCCCCCAAGCUGCAGGAGACGUCGACAUCUCAGCACUUGCCUAAGGGAGAAAAAGAACAGCAAGAAGCAAUUGAACAUAUUGAUGAAGUACAAAAUGAAAUAGACAGACUUAAUGAACAAGCCAGUGAGGAGAUUGUGAAAGUAGAACAGAAAUAUAACAAACUCCGCCAACCAUUUUUUCAGAAGAGGUCGGAAUUGAUCGCCAAAAUCCCCAAUUUUUGGGUAACAACAUUUGUCAACCAUCCACAAGUGUCUGCACUGCUUGGGGAGGAGGAUGAAGAGGCGCUGCAUUAUUUGACAAGAGUUGAAGUGACAGAAUUGGAAGAUAUUAAAUCAGGUUACAGAAUAGAUUUUUAUUUUGAUGAAAACCCUUACUUCGAAAAUAAAGUUCUCUCCAAAGAAUUUCAUCUGAAUGAGAGUGGUGAUCCAUCUUCAAAGUCCACUGAAAUCAAAUGGAAAUCUGGAAAGGAUUUGACGAAACGUUCAAGUCAAACACAGAAUAAAGCCAGCAGGAAGAGACAGCAUGAGGAACCAGAGAGCUUCUUCACCUGGUUUACGGACCAUUCUGAUGCAGGUGCAGAUGAGUUAGGAGAGGUCAUCAAAGAUGAUAUUUGGCCAAAUCCGUUACAGUACUACUUGGUUCCCGAUAUGGAUGAUGAAGAAGGGGAAGGAGAAGAAGAUGAUGAUGAUGAUGAUGAAGAAGAAGAAUUGGAAGACAUUGAUGAAGAAGGAGACGAGGAUGAAGGUGAAGAUGAAGAUGAUGAUGAGGGGGAGGAACGAGAGGAGGAUGAAGGAGAAGAUGACUAAUGGAACACUGAUGGAUUCCAACCUUCCUUUUUUAAUUUUCUUCAGUCCCUGGGAGCAAGCUGCCGUCUUUUUUUUUUUUUUUUUUCCUCCUCUUGUGCUCAUUCGCCCUGUUUUUUGAAGUCUCUUUUCUCUCCCUUUAUACCAUGGUUCUCAACUUAUUUUGGGGGGAAAUACCUUGAGCAGAAUACAGUGGGAAAAGAAUCUCUACCCCUUUCUGUUCCAAAUUCAUUUUUAUCCCUUCCUGUCUCAACAAAAACUUUAUGGAAUCAACACCACCGUGCUCUGUGGGAAAAAA